AUGGAGAUCCGCAUCUCGCCCAGACCCCCCAAAAAGGUGCUCCAUUAUGUGAAAAAUGUGCACUUUUAUACUAAGAUUGGUGAAGAGAUAUAUUUUGAUGCCAAUGGUGAUACAGCUGUUAAAUAUGACAUAAUCAAUAUUCAGGUAUUUCCAGGUGGAACCUUUAACUUAGUUAAAGUUGGCAGAGUUGACCAAAGUGCUUCUCAGGCAGUCAUGCUUAAUGUAAACGAUAUUAUCUGGAAUGAGAAAUAUGCUCAGAUUCCAAGUUCCGUCUGUAGUGAGCAAUGCCGUGUUGGAUACAGAAAAAAAAUAAAGGAGGGGAAGCCAUUCUGCUGUUAUGACUGCUUAGCUUGUCCAAAAGGGGAAGUGGCCAAUAAAACAGAUUCAAAUGACUGUCAGAAGUGCUUGGAACAUGAAUGGCCUAAUAAGGGACAAGCUAAGUGCGUUCCAAAAUUUAUUGAAUUCCUUGGAUUUGAAGAUCCCUUGGGUGCAUCCUUGGCUUCUUGUGCAAUAUCUUUUGCGGUUUUAACCACAUUAGUCAUGGUAGUCUUUGUUGAACACCGUAGGACUCCAGUUGUCAAGGCCAACAACCGUAAUCUGAGCUACUUAAUUCUUUUAUCUCUUAUACUCUGUUUCCUGUGUUCCCUGUUAUUUAUUGGCUACCCAGGGAAAGCAACUUGCAUGUUACGUCAGAUCAUUUUUGGCAUCAUUUUUUCAGUGAGCAUCUCCUCUGUUCUAGCUAAGACUAUUACAGUAUUCAUUGCCUUCAGAGCUACCGAACCCAACAGCAAGCUCAGACACUGGAUGGGAUUGAGAAUUCCAGUCUCAGUCAUUACUCUGUGUUCAUUAGGACAGGUUAUAAUAUGCAUUACCUGGCUAAUGAUUUCUCCAGCAUUUCCAGAAAUGAACACCAAGUCGGCUACUGAAAAGAUAACAAUGGAAUGUAAUGAGGGUGAAAGGGUAUUCUUUUAUUUGUUGCUAGGAUACAUGGGCUGCUUGGCAACAGUGUGCUUUAUUGUUGCCUUCCUGGCAAGAAACCUACCUGAUAGUUUUAAUGAAGCCAGAUACAUUACUUUCAGCAUGUUAGUGUUUGUCAGUGUUUGGUUGUCUUUCAUACCAGCACACCUGAGCACACAGGGCAAGUACAUGGUUGCUGUGGAGAUAUUUGCCAUUUGUUGCUCAAGUGCUGGAUUGCUUGUUUGUAUUUUUUUUAACAAAUGUUAUAUUAUUCUGCUGAGGCCUAACAGAAACAGUCGAGAUCACUUAAUGAGUAAAACAUUUUAG